GUCUGCAACAACUCUACUUUGUGAAUUUUCCUCCUCUUCUUCCUUCCAAGUUCCAACUCCAACAACUAUAUAUAUAUAUAUAUAUACACACACCGAAACGCAUACACAAAAAAUAUCACAAAAUCUCCACCUACUUAAUUUACAUCUUUAAUUUCAAAAGAAGAAUACAAGUGUCUUUAUUUAUUUAACAUGAGUAGCUACAACCAAAACCAGGCUCAAGGCUAUCCACCACAGCAGCAGGCAGGUGCUUUUGUGGCUCCUCCACCGCCGGCUGGUUAUCCAACCAGAGAUGUACAAGCCGAUUCCUCUGCUACACUCACUACUCAAUCCAGAGGUGAUGGCUUCUGGAAAGGAUGUUGUGCUGCCUUGUGUUGCUGCUGUGUCUUGGAUGCUUGUUUCUAACAAGUGACGCCAUUUUCCCUCAGAGUGGAUUUGCUUUUUAUUUCUUGUUAUAAUGUUAUGUUUUUUUAAUUUCUUGUUGUAUAAUUUAUUUGGGGUUUCAUUUUAACAUUCCUUUUGAUGACAUUCGUUAAACAUAUAGUAUAUGUUUUGAAAUAUUGUUUAAUUAAUUAGCGUUCUUGGUUGUUUAGUGUUUCAA